UGAUUUUAUUUUUGAAUUCAUGUAGCAUGUCAUUUAUCAUUAUAAAUUUCUUGUAAUUUUAUAACCCUUGUAACCAAUAUAUUUUUGACAGUAUCAAAAUGGCGUGACAGUGCCUAGAACUAUAUAACUCAUUCAAGAUAAGCUUUAUGAAAUUCAUAUAUAUAUAUUUACUCAAAUUUCUCGACUUGAAUUCUCACUUAAUACCUGAUGCAGCCUAAGGAUGAAGGUUAUGGCUGUUUUCAAAACUGAAAGGAAAUAAUUUUCAUUUCUGGCAUUUCUGUGAUAUUUCCGAGCCAAUGAAGGGUGCAAAAUAUUCUAAAGUUUUGGACGAUCUUGCUGAAAAUCUUGAAGAAGUUUUAAGAACAGCAAAAGAAAAUGACCUGUCUCAUCUGAUCGAGCCUCUUCAAGAAACAAUUUCAAAAGUCAAGGAGUUGAAUAGAGGAAGGGAAGUGGAAUGUGAGCUAGCAGGUGAAUGUAACUCAGAGGAUUGUAAUCUUCACAUGGCUUGCUCCUGCAAUGAUUGGGGUCCAGAUAAAUUGGGACCUGACGGAAAAUGGAUUUGCGAAAUCUGUAAUAGCGCUUGUUUUUGUGAUCAAAUUUGGAGCAGUUGUACACACCUCCCUAAAACAGAACCAGUGAAAAUAUCUCACGAUGAAACGAAUACGAUAAAAGAUAUUUUUCAAAUGAAUAAAAAUUCGAAUCAAAGUAUCCAAAAAAAUUCUGCUGAAUGUAUUUCUUGUUUUUGUAGCGCAUCCAGCAAAACUGAAAAUCAGAAUAAAAGGAAUAAGAAAAAAUCACAAAUAAAUGAAUUAGCUUCCAAGAUUGUUUCUGAUUCAUCUAAAGAAAAUGUAAAUGAAGAUAAAACAAAUAAAAAAAUAUUAAAUCUGUCAGAUUGCGAGACUAAAUUUUUGUCUGGUCAAAUUAGUGGCAGUUUCACACACUUCUCUAAAAAAGAACCAGUGAAAAAAUCUCUCGAUGAAGCGAAUACGAUAAAAGAUAUUCUUCUAAUAAAACCAGAUUCUAGGAGAAGUUUCCAGCAAAAUUCUUCUGCUAAAUGUGAUCCGUGUGUUUGUAGCGCAUCCAGAAAAAAUAAAGAUCAGAAUACGAGGAAUGAACAAAUUUCACCGAAAAAUGCAUCAGCUUCCAAAAUUACUUCUAAUCCAUCUAAAGAAAAUGAAAAUGAAGAUAGAACGAAUGGAAAAACAUUAAAUCAAUCAGCUUCCGGGACUAAAUGUAAUACGAACAAAAUUGACCACGUAGCUAUUCUUAUAAGAAAUAUAGAAUAUUUUUCUGUGUCAAAAAAUAAUGAAUCGGAUAUAGAUAUUAAAAUUAAUCGAAAAUUAAAUAAACCUUGUGAAAAAAAAGUUUCCGUUUUGUAUGAAAAAAAGCAAAAGUCAAAGGGAAAAAUGUAUUCUGAACAAGUUCGGGCUGAAAGUUUAAAUACAGAAGCAAAAUAUGCAAAAAAAAGUAAAUGCGUGAGCUGUGAAUGCACUUACAACGAGGAAGGUAAUAAAAUUAAAACCAAGGAGUGUCGUGCUGCUUCAGAAAGAAACAAAAAAUUAAUGGCAAGCCUUGAAAAGGAAAAUAAUGCAAGAAUUGAAGAUAAGAAUACAGAGGUUCAAACUCAAGUUGCUAAAGCUGUAGAAAUUAAAAUUUCUCGUUUCAACAAUGACAGCUCCACUAAGGGCUUGACAUUUGAAGAGAAAAGAAAAUGUGAUAUUGUUAUAUGCAAUUCAUCCAGUAUUGGAUUAUUAAAGGAUUCCAAUGACCAGAGAUGCUGGGAUGAAAUGAAAGACGUUCCAUUGUUCCAAGCAGCAGAGAAGGAAAGGCGAAGAGCCCAACAAAUUUCAAAAUGUCUCGAGAAACGAAUCAAAAAUGUCCCUGACAAAUAUGCGUCAUCACGUUCGGUUCAAAGUUCACAAGAAUCGUGUCCAAACUUUCCACCUAGGAGAGAAACACUGGAAAAACCCGAAAAACCUUUAAAAUGUUCCGAAAUUGCAGGACUUGGAGGAGUUCAAAAGUGUGAUGAACCAACCAGAAAUUCUAGAAAAAUCGAACCACCUUAUAAUCGAUGUCAACAAGAAAUGAAAAAACCCAGAGAUACAGAAAAGUGUUUACCAGGUUCUGAAGGAGUGGAAAGAGAAAAUGAAAGCACCCAUAAUUUUUUUAAUUUUUCCGAAAUUGCAGAUCAGAGUGAUGAACCCACCAGAAAUUCUAGAAGAACCAAAUUACAUUGUAAUCGGUGUCCACAAGGAAUAAAAAAACCUGAUGAUACAGAAGAGUUUUCACUAGGUGCUGAAGAAGUGAAAAAGGAAUGUGAAACCUCCCAUAGCUUUAUGAGUUGUACUAAAAUUGAAGAUCGUGGAACAGUUCAAAAGAGCGAUAAACCCACCAGAAAUUCGAGAAAAAUUAAAUCACUUUGUAAUCGAUGUCCAGAAAAAAUAAAAAAAUCUGAUAGUACAGAAGAGUUUGCAUUAGGUUCUGAAAAAGAGAAAAGAGAAAAUGAGAUCCUCCAUGGUCUUAUGAAAUGUUCUGAAAUAGGAGAUCGUGAUGCAGAUCAAAAAUCUGAUGAACCAACCGAAAAUUGGAUAAAAAUGAAACCACCUUGUAAUCGAAGUCUUCGAGAAAUGAAUAAACCUAGAGAUACAGAAAGAUAUUCUCCAGAUUCUAAGAAAGUGAAAGGCGAAAAUGAGAGCCAACAUAACUUUUUUAAUUGUUCCAAAAUUGCAGAUCAGAGUGGUGGUCAUCCUACAGAAAACUCGGCUGGAAUAAGGAGGCAGAAAAUGCAAGAAAAAUAUACAUUUCCGGAGGAAGAACGACGAGAAGAAAUUUCUACCAUGACAGAAGGCAAAAUUGUAGAUAACAAUUUUAAAUACUAUCCGUGCAAUGAUAGAAAUGCCACAACGAGUAUAGAAAAGCAAUGCCCUUGCGGAUGCGGUUAUUUUCUUCAAGGCGCUCCUGCAAAUCGCCCUUGUCCAUGUAAUAAUUCACUAAAAGUUCCCCACCAAGAAGAAGAGAUUGAAUCUAAAAAAAUCUUACCAAAAUCGAGAAAAAGUGACUGCGAAGGUUGCUGUGAAUGGUGCAGUAGCCAAUAGGAUCUAGCUCUAAAAGUUCAAAUUAAAAAAAAAGAUAACUUCAAAAUUUAAAAAAAAAAAAUGUUGUGAACUCAAAUAAAGAGAAAUUCUAUCUUUAGUGAUAUUCUUUAGACAUAAAUUUGAUAAGAUGUAACUGAAACGUAUGAAGUAUGCAAAAAGUAUAAAAAUAAGUAAUA